AUGGCCGUUGAGAAACCUGACAUACCAUACAUUUGCCCCGCGAACCUCCGUCCAGGGCCACUGCCAGAGGUGCGGGAUCUUCUCCUCGCCGGGAAAAGGCACAACGCGGGGCCUGACUGUGGCAAAACCCCUAUGCGUUUCGAUGAGCACUACGACGCGAAUUCGGGGGGCAGCCCAUGCGGGUUGUUUCAGGAGGCUGAGAACAUGCUCUUUGUUCAACAAUCAACAAAUGUGCCUGUCCCAAAGAUUUACGCAAUGUUCCACGACAAGAAAACGGGAAUCGACUUCGUCAUCCAAGAAUUUGUCCCAGGACACAAGUUAGGGGAUGUAUGGGAGUAUCUCGAUCUGGCCCAAAAAGGCGCUAUCGCCUUGCAGCUGCGCCGACAUUUCGACGAAUUACGCAGCAUCCCCUCCCCCGGUUACUACGCUGGUAUCUGGAAACAACGAGUGCCACACGACCACUUUACAGGGUACUACGCAGACCACUUCACUGGCGACCGCGCAUCACAUGAUCCCAUCCGGGACCAAGCUAUCUUGGGGCCACACGAAACCGAAGAGGAGUGGACGAGGGCCAUGGUGUUGUGCCUCGACUUUCACCAGCCGGCCCGAUAUGAGCUUCCAGUAAAAGACCGGUAUUACCCGACCGUCUUUAAGGGGCAUGAAUCCGUCUUCACCCACGGUAACCUCCGCCCAGACAAUCUUGUUCUCCGCGAAGACAAGACUGUUGUGAUAGUCGAUUGGUGGAACUCCGGUUGGUAUCCGAGCUACUGGGAGUAUUCCUGCGCCAUGAAGUCGGCAGCUAACAAGGAUUGGACAAAGUGGGUGCAUGAUAUGGUGUUAGAUGAGUAUGCCCAUGAAGAGGCUUUGAUGACGCUCGGUGACAUAGUGUACCGAGGCUGA